ACACUGACGUGAAAAGUGGACUUUUAUUGUGAAGGAGCUGCGGCGACGCUAGUCAGCGUGUCGCUGUGUUCCUGUGUUCAGUCUUGAGCGGCGUUAGAGCUGGGCGCGGGAGGAUCUCUGAGGCGGUGUCCCUGGCUGUGUGGCCUAAAGAAGGAUGCAGACGAUAAAGUGCGUCGUUGUUGGCGAUGGAGCGGUGGGGAAGACGUGCCUUCUCAUCUCGUACACCACCAAUGCCUUCCCCGAGGAGUACAUCCCCACUGUGUUCGACAACUACAGUGCCCAGAUGAGUGUUGAUGGACGCACGGUGAGCCUGAACCUGUGGGACACAGCGGGUCAGGAGGAGUACGACCGGCUGCGCACACUCUCCUACCCUCAGACCAACGUGUUCAUUAUCUGCUUUUCCAUCGGCAGCCCGUCGUCAUACGCCAACGUUCGACAUAAGUGGUUCCCUGAGGUGUCACACCACUGCCCCAGUGUGCCUAUGCUGCUUGUGGGGACCAAGCGCGAUCUGCGCAACGAUUCCGAGACCAUUAAGAAGCUAAAGGAGCAGAACCUGGUGCCCACCACACAGCAGCAGGGCACAGCGCUGGCAAAGCAGAUCAACGCGGUGAAGUAUUUGGAGUGCUCUGCUCUGCUACAAGAAGGCGUCAGGGAAGUUUUUGCUGAGGCCGUGCGCGCUGUUCUCUACCCUGUCACCAAAAAGAAUUCCAAAAAAUGCGUCCUCUUGUAGUUUGGCCUAGGGGACUGACGGAAAUGGACUCGGAGAGCUCAGAGGACAGACAGAUGAUCCUGGUGUUGAUAGCCAUCUCUUCUUCCUCACUCGUGUUUUUAACCACUCUAGGUAUUGUUUUUGGCUCCCUGAAUUAUUUCUUCUACAGUCACCAAAGUAUGCACUCUUUACUAGAACUGAAGAAACACCUGUUCAUUUCAGAACCACUUUCCCUUUUGGCCUCCUUAGUCUCCUUGGAACGCUGUGGUUGUCAAGAUCUCUCGCACUUACCUCAUGGUUUAAAAUGGAAUUUCAAGAUACAUGGCAAUAUUUUAAGAAUGAAACAAAGCAAUACAGAAACAAAGUUACCUAACCGUCUGACCUGUGUUCACCCAGUGCUCGAGGACGGUGGGAUUGUUUACUCGAGCAGUGUCUGAGGAGAGAAGUAACUCUUCUCUACUGCCUGAAGUUUUGUCCUUUUUGUGCCUAGCAGUAGCUCAGAUCCUUUCCUGACACAAAAAAAAAAUGUGAGGUGUGAUAUGUCAUACUUAUACACAUGUAGAGAGCUUAACACCUGAGAAUGAAAAAGCAGAAACCUCUUUAGAUAUUCAUUGUAUUUUACUAUUACCCAAGAUGUCAUAUUCUUUUUUUUUCGUUUGUUUGUUUCUGUGAAAUGAGGUGUUAGAAAGGUGUGCCAUUAUAUUGACACGUAUAUGCCUUAUACACACACCAUCUUUAGAUGAAACAAAAGUCUGCAGCCUAAUACAGUGGCUACAUAACAAACAGUUUAAGAUUUUUUUACAAGUCAUGUCUCGUAAAAAUGACUGUAGUGCUAUCAGAUCCUUGUAUGCCUGCAGCCCACACUUCCUAUUUUGUCUUCCCUCUGGUCCCACAUAAUGUAGAUGCCUUUCUGAUGCUUUUGUGUCUAGCAAUGCCUCACCAAUUUAAUUCCAAGUGCCUGACUUGUUUCUGGAUUUGAUCCGUAAUCCCGCCUUUUCCUGUGAAUCGUCUGAAGCCUCACAACUGAAUUGACUCAAAGAGUCGCUUCAUUUAGGAAUUGAAUCCUGUGAACAAGUGAGCACACAUUUCAGUGCUCUGUACAGCGAAGCAAUAAAAGUAAAUAGAGCGUUUGUCCUCUGUACUCGAAGGUUUAGUGCCAGGCUUGUGUGGCUGCAUCAUUCUUAACUCUCAGUGAUUCAUUCUUAAUCACAGCUUUUCACAGUGAGUCAGUGCUUAGCCCUGGCAGGUAUCGAUGAGAGCAUGUAUUCCCUUCUACAGGCAUUAGUCAAAUACACCAAGCUCAUUUCAUGCAUGCUUACAUUUGGAGAAAAAGGAAUGUCUCCGAAUGUCUUUAGAGCUUACAAAAGCGAUCACAACUAGCAUGAUAUCAUAAUGUCACUUUUUUUUUUUGUUGUUACUGACUGAUAAUUGACAUUUCAGUCCAUAUUCAUGUUUUUCACUUCCCUGUAAACGAUACAGAGCACUUGCUACUGUGUUUGUGUAAAGCUAGAUGUGUAUUAGAAUACAAUACAAACGUCUAGAUUCAGUUUCUGCUUCGCGAAAAAAUACACGUAUACAACUGCAGUGGUUUUCACAGUCUGAAGUACUCGUUAUGUGUGCUCUGUAAGGACGAGCUUCACUGAGACUGCCAUAUAAAGCCAAAAAUCACAGAUUGAUCAACUGUACUUGUGAAUGAAUUCCUAUUGUCUGGUUUAGUUUCUUUCUUUUUUUUUUUCUUUUUCUUUCCAACGUGUUAUGUGCUUAAAAAGUUUAAUUAGCGGUUGACCAAUAUUUUAUUUUUUUGACAAAUUGCAUUACAUAAGCCUAUGCAUGAGUGAAGCUUUAUUCCUUUUUUUUUUUUUUUUUUUUUUUUUGUAUCUCAACAACAGUUAUUAUAAAUACCAUGUGGUUGCAACUUUAUCAUGUUACAGCGCCUGCACAUGUAAUCGCCAUCUUGGGUUUGUGGCUGAUGCAAAACUGACAUCGCUGAACAGUAGCUUGGUUUCAAAAGUGAAGUGGUACUUGGAUUAUUUUUUGUUUGUUUUGUGCGUGCUGAAAGGGUUGCACAUUUCUCUACGUAUCAAGGCUUACUUGCUGUGUCUCUGAGUUAGUCAGGCUUCUCGAAUGCUAAUAGCUUUUAAUUUUAUAUAUAUAUUUUUAAAUUUUUGACUACAAUACUCAGCCAAAGAGUGCCUUUGGAUACAAAGAUAUCAGACUGAGAGCACAUUGAGACAGCGGACCUGUUCUAUUCUACUCUAAGCAUAAUAACCAUCCAAGCCAUUUCUUAUUAUUGCCUUUAAUCUAAUCUUUAUUGAAAUGAAUUCCACAAUGCAAAAUCCAUUGAACGGUUCUGGUUUUGUCAGUGAGGAAAAAACCCUCAGAAAACCGUGGAUGCAUCAAUUCUAUGUUGGUCUGCCUGCUUUGGUGUAUGGUACUGCAUUUAUACACUGGGAACUUGAUUUUUUUUUUCUUCAAAAUUGUCAUUUUUAUAACAAACAUUUGUAUAAAUGAACUAACAGUGUAAUGACUUUAAAUUAUGCUAAAUAAAACUAUAAUUUACAGUUCAUUGUGGGUUUUUUCCCCCCUUACGCUUCUGUUUCUGUAGAGCUCACAGGAAAGAUUACUAAGUUACAAGUCAGGAGUCCAAAUGGAAACGAUUGCCUACCAAAACGGAAAGAGGAAACUGAUCAGUAAGCUGGGUGGCAUUAGGUUUUUAUUUUUUUGGGUCGCUGUGACUAAGUGCAGAAGCUUGUGUCGUUAUUUAAACAGGUUUCCGCUGCUCUCAUGCAAAAAGCCACAUCAAAGGUGCUGACGUGCAUCAGCUGCUGCAGCAAAACAAUAUCAACACCUCACUCCCUUGCACACACCAUUGCAGCCUUCUGUGUCAAAGGAAGCAAUCUGGUUUCUGUGCUGUACUUACAUUACUGUGACUCGAACUGGAAUGAUACUGUUAUGAUGAAAAAGACAAAUAAACGAAAAGAACUGGC